UCAGCUCCACCACCCCCCCUCUUCUCCAGCUGGGCCAAUCAGAGGCCGCCCUGCAGCCUUUCCCCCUAAGUGGGGAGGGCAGGGAAGCCCACAAUGGUGUGAGCUCUGGGGGCUGCCAGCCGCCCGCAGUCCCCGCCCGCCCCCGUCUGGGACCCAGGAUCGCUCAGUGAGGAACUUGGACUGGGAGAGGAGGAGGACAAGGAGAGAGCUGGGCCUUUCUGACCAGCACCCCCCGGGGGCAGCAGCCUGUGUGGAGCGACACAGACAGCCAGACCCAGGGCGGCCCCUCCUGGCUACCCUGCUCCUCCCAAAGGAUGCUUUGGGCGUGAGGCCACUCCUCACCCCGCAGCCCCCCACUCUCUCCCCUCUCCAGAGGCUCCCAGAGCCCACAACGGUCCUUUCUGCCUCCUACCCAGCGGCUUCCCCGCUUCUGGCCAGCAAAGACUUUCUGAUAACAGGAGAGGGCAGUGAGGAGGACUUCCUGGAAGGGGUGACAGCCCAGAGCCUGGACCUUGCCCACACCAGAAGGCAUCAACAGCAAGGACACCAUGCUGCUUCUGAGUGCCAUGCCAGCUCCUAUCCUCAAAGGCCAGGCGCUGCUGCUGCCCCUGCUGUUGUUGCUGGGACCGCAGGCUUCCCGAGGUCUGGUCAUCACCCCUCCGGGGCCAGAGCUUGUCCUCAAUGUCUCCAGCACCUUGGUUCUGACCUGCUCGGGCCCAGACCCGGUGGUGUGGAAACGGAUGUCCAAGCAGCCUCCGCAAGAAAUGGUCAGGACCCAGGAUGGCAAUUUCUCCAGCAUCCUGACGCUGGCCAAUGUCACUGGGACAGACACGGGAGAAUACUUUUGUGCCUAUAAUAACUCCCAUGAGCUGGAGGCUGGUGAGCAAAAACGGCUCUACAUCUUUGUGCCAGAUCCCACCAUGGGCUUCCUCCCGAUCUUCCCCGAGGAGUUUUUCAUCUUUCUCACGGAAGUAACCGAGACCACCAUCCCAUGCCGAGUGACGGACCCACAGCUGGUGGUGACACUGCAUGAGAAGAAGGUGGAUGACCCGCUGCCCAUCCCCUACGACCACCAGCGUGGCUUCUCCGGGACCUUUGAGGACAAGACCUAUGUCUGCAAAACCACCAUUGGGGACAAGGAGGUGGAUUCCGAGCCCUACUAUGUCUACAGCCUCCAGGCGUCAUCCAUCAACGUCUCAAUGAAUGCAGCGCAGACUGUGGUCCGCCAGGGUGAGAACAUCACCAUCACGUGCAUUGUGACUGGGAACGAGGUGGUCAACUUCGAGUGGACGUACCCCCGCGAGGAGAGUGGGCGGCUAGUGGAGCCAGUGACCGACUUCGACAUUCCCCACAUCCGCUCCACCCUGCACAUCCCCAGUGCCGAGCUGGGCGACUCGGGGACCUACAUCUGCAAUGUAUCUGAGAGUGUGUACGACCAUCAGGAUGAAAAAGCCAUCAAUGUCACCGUGGUUGAGAGUGGCUAUGUGCGCCUGCUGAGGGAGCUGGACGCUGUACAGUUCGCGGAAUUGCACCGGAGCCGGACCCUGCAGGUGGUGUUCGAGGCCUACCCGCCGCCCACUGUCAUGUGGCUCAAGGACAACCGCACCCUGGGCGAUUCCAGCGCCGGCGAGAUCGCCCUGUCCACGCGCAAUGUGUCUGAGACUCGAGCCCACUACGUGUCAGGCACCCCGCCAGUGCCUGUCCAUGUGCUGGAGCUGAGUGAGAGCCAUCCUGCCGACGGGGAGCAGACCGUCCGCUGUCGCGGCCGGGGCAUGCCUCAGCCGCACCUCACCUGGUCUAUCUGCAGUGACCUCAAAAGGUGUCCGCGCGAGCUGCCACCCACGCCGCUGGGGAACAGUUCCGAGGAGGCGAGCCAGCUGGAGACUAACGUGACGUACUGGGCGGAGGAGCAGCAGUUCGAGGUGGUGAGCACGCUGCGCCUGCGCCGCGUGGAUCAGCCGCUAUCUGUGCGCUGCACGCUGCGAAACCUGCUGGGCGAUGAUGUGCAGGAGGUCACCCUGGUGCCCCAGUCCCUGCCCUUCAAGGUGGUGGUGAUCUCGGCCAUCCUGGCUUUGGUGGUCCUCACGAUCAUCUCCCUCAUCAUCCUCAUCAUGCUCUGGCAGAAGAAGCCCCGCUAUGAGAUCCGAUGGAAGGUGAUUGAAUCUGUGAGCUCCGAUGGCCAUGAGUACAUCUACGUGGACCCUAUGCAGCUGCCCUACGACUCCACCUGGGAGCUGCCCCGGGACCAGCUUGUGCUUGGACGUACCCUCGGCUCUGGGGCCUUUGGGCAGGUGGUGGAGGCCACGGCUCACGGCCUGAGCCAUUCUCAGGCCACUAUGAAAGUGGCCGUCAAGAUGCUGAAAUCCACAGCCCGCAGCAGCGAGAAGCAAGCCCUCAUGUCAGAGCUGAAGAUCAUGAGUCACCUCGGGCCCCACCUGAACGUGGUCAAUCUGCUGGGAGCCUGCACCAAAGGAGGGCCCAUCUACAUCAUCACCGAGUACUGCCGCUACGGGGACCUGGUGGACUACCUGCACCGCAACAAGCACACCUUCCUGCAGCACUGCUCCGACAAGCGCCGCCAGCCCGGCACCGAGCUCUACAGCAACGCUCUGCCCGUCGGGCUCCCGCUGCCCAGCCACAUGUCUCCCGGGGAGAGUGACGGUGGCUACAUGGACAUGAGCAAGGACGAAUCGGUGGACUAUGUGCCCAUGCUGGACAUGAAAGGAGACAUCAAAUAUGCAGACAUCGAGUCCUCCAACUACAUGGCUCCUUACGAUAACUACGUCCCCUCUGCUCCCGAGAGGACCUGUCGAGCGACCCUGAUCAACGAGUCCCCAGUGCUUAGCUACACGGAUCUUGUGGGCUUUAGCUACCAGGUGGCCAAUGGCAUGGAGUUCCUGGCCUCCAAGAAUUGUGUCCACCGAGACCUGGCAGCCAGGAAUGUGCUCAUCUGUGAGGGCAAGCUGGUCAAAAUCUGUGACUUCGGCCUUGCUCGUGACAUCAUGCGGGACUCUAACUACAUCUCCAAAGGCAGCACCUUCCUGCCGCUGAAGUGGAUGGCCCCCGAGAGCAUCUUCAACAGCCUCUACACCACCCUGAGCGACGUGUGGUCCUUUGGGAUCCUUCUCUGGGAGAUCUUCACCCUGGGUGGCACCCCUUACCCAGAGCUGCCCAUGAACGAGCAGUUUUACAAUGCCAUCAAGCGGGGCUACCGCAUGGCCCAGCCUGCCCACGCCUCCGACGAGAUCUACGAGAUCAUGCAGAAGUGCUGGGAAGAGAAGUUUGAGAUUCGCCCCCCCUUCUCCCAGCUGGUGCUGCUUCUGGAGAGGCUGCUGGGCGAGGGUUACAAAAAGAAGUACCAGCAGGUGGACGAGGAGUUUCUGAGGAGCGACCACCCGGCUGUCCUUCGGUCCCAAGCCCGCUUCCCUGGCUUCCAUGGCCUCCGAUCCCCACUGGACACCAGCUCAGUCCUCUAUACUGCUGUGCAGCCCAAUGAGGGUGACAAUGACUAUAUCAUCCCCCUGCCUGACCCCAAGCCCGAGGUUGCUGAUGAGGGCCCAUUGGAGGGCUCCCCCAGCCUUGCCAGCUCCACCCUGAAUGAAGUCAACACCUCCUCGACCAUCUCCUGUGACAGCCCCCUGGAGCCCCAAGAGGAACCAGAACCAGAGCCACAGCCUGAGUCCCAGGUGCAGCCAGAGGCAGAGCCGGAGUGGCUGCCGGAUUCAAGCUGCCCCGGGCACCAGGCUGAGGCAGAGGACAGCUUCCUGUAGGGGGCUGGCCCCCACCCUGCCCUGCCCGAAGUUCCCCCUCUACCUCCCAGCACCCUGCGCCUGCUGGCCUGGCCUGCCGGGCCUCCCAUCGCUGUCCUAUCAGCUUUUGCUCCUGACAUGUUGCACCCCAACCCCUGGGGCUGGCUUAGGAGGCAGGAGCCCUGCAGCGGCCAUGACCAGCCCUCUGUUCUGGGGAGGCCAUGUGACUCUGAGCCAGAGUUCUCCCAAAGGACUCAGUUGGCCCAUCUGUAAGAUGGGGAAGUCGGACUUGGUGACCCACAAUCUGGGGUUCUCCCCCUGGCUGACAGGGGAGGGGGGAAGCUGGAAUCCUGGGAGAUUCUCAAGGUUCAUGAGGUGGUAGAGGAACUGUUUUCUGUUCUGCCAGCCACCCCUCAAGGAGCUCGGCUCUCUCCUUGUACUUUAUCUGCCCCAAAGCUGGGGAGGGGACCUGGUGUCCCUGGCUCCUGGCUUAGCUGGGGCCUGGCCUUGGACAGUGUUGCCUCCUCCCUCAACGCCAGUCUUCACUCUCCCAGGCCCGAGCUGGUCUGGGGCCGUCCAUGCUUAAUGAGAGCGAGGGGCUGAGCCAGGGCCAGGACAUUCGGGCCUGUAGCCCCUGCCCCAGGCACACAGAGCCACCUCCCCAUACAGAGUGCCCUGUCCAUGUCUUCCUGGCUCCUGCGUCCUCAUCACUGCCAGUCUUAUUCCACCACCAGUCUCCAGGGCCGGACGGACCCACAUCUGUGAUGAGUGUGUGACGUGCCUGUGCGACGUGUCCACACAUAAGGACCAGUUUGUGGACCGUAUGCGCACUGGACCCGCCGAGAGACCGUGCAGGAAUCCCUGGCCCUCUCUGGGCCCGCUUUCCCUGUUGAAAUGAGCAGGUUGGACUCAUUGACUUCUGGUGCCUGCCAGCACGAACAUUCUGAAAUAUUCCUAGGGUGCACACUUGCCCGGAUAAAACAAAGCCGAACACCCCAAACCUCCAUCCUGGAGGUCAGCUGGGAUCUGAGAUUCCAGUCCACAUACCACACUCCAGGCAUUCAGCAACGUGCCCCUUCCCCAGGCCCCGGCAAGUUCCAAAAGGCCAGCUGCCCAGGCCUGGACUCGAGGGACAGCAGGGACAUGGGAAGACCACUGGGGCCCUUUCAGCACCCACAAUGCCCUCUGGAGCUGCCCGGGGCCACAGAGGCGGAGAGGGCCAAUCAGAGCGCCUGGUGCGCCUCCCGCUCCAGCACCUGCUGUCCAGGUCUGUGCCAAAGACAAUGCACAGUUAGGGCCCCCGGGGGCCCUGGAAACGACAAGAAGACUUGGAGGGGAACCUGGGAGAGGGGUACAAGAGGUGGGUACUCUGAGGGUUGCCUUCUCACCUGCCAGCUGCCCCAUCCCUGAGGUCUGGCUUGUCACUGCCCAGGCCCACUCACCUCACUGUCUCUGCCAGCCACCCAGCCCAGUGGGCAUUGAAGUGCUCAAGGAGCGAGGGCUGUGGCCAAGACGGCAGGGGGUGAAGGGGGUGGCACCACCCCCUAUGCUGUUGGCACCUCCCUGCCCCGGGCCCCUGAGGAGAGGGACUGGGCUCACUACGGUACCAAAGAUGUAAUCACCUAGGUUUACAAGUAUUUUUAGGACUCACAUUAACUCACAUUUAUACAACAGAAGUGCUAUUUUAUAUGCCAGCAAAAUUUCCUAUCCGUGUACUUUUUUGUAAGGGAAAGAUUUUAAUAUUAAACUGGUGCUUCUCACAGA